AAAUGAAAGAUGUGUGAGAAGCGCUCUCGAUCCUAACGACUUUUUUUUCGAAUCUAGUCGUUCUUGUUUCUCACAACUUUUUUCUAGAAGCGAGAGACAGUCUGUCUCUUCCUAACACUUUUUUUCUAAAAGACAUUGUCACUCUCUUUCUUCCUCUCUCCUUCUAGAAGAAGAGAAAAAACCGAUCUUAAGAACAUCGUUUUCUCUCUUUUAAAAGGAGACAACAACAACAGGAUGACCUCCAUUCGUCCCCCGAAGGCAGGAUGCUUCCUUUUCACCUCAGAAUCGGUGAACGAAGGGCAUCCAGACAAAUUGGCGGAUCAAGUUAAGAAGCAUCUAAAUCUUGGUAAACUUGAUCAGGAUCGAUAUCGCCCCGUCUGACCCUGAGUGACUCAGUACUCUUCAGACGGGGAGUUACAAUUUCUAGGCAUGUUAGUGUCCAGGAUAUUGUUCAGUCUCCAUUAGAGAUAACGUCUCUAUACCUUAAAGUACAUGUAUCCGGGAUCUUCCUAUCACUUAUAGUACAUGCUGUACGACUAUGUGAGACUCAUGCAAGGUACGACGACUAUCUGAGACUCAUGCAAGGCACGACUAUGUGAGACUCAUGCCUCUGUUUUUGGAUCUCGCUGUACGUCUAUGUGCCACUGUAUUCAGACUGGGGACUUCCUUCAAGGACGAUAGCUCUAAUCACUUGUCCGAUGCGGUUUUGGAUGCAUGCUUGGCGCAGGACCCGGACAGCAGGGUCGCUUGCGAAACUUCGACCAAAACGGGAAUGGUCUUAUGAGAAAAUUGAUGUUGCCCCUCUGCCUACACAUGUCUGAAAUUGGACCCAAAUUUCUACACAUCAAAUUUAAGCGAUUAUACUUGUUCCCUUCAUGACACAUCAUUAAAGCGCUUCCACACAUCAUCAUGUGCGAAAUAAACGGACUCUACGCAUGCUUCUAAUCUGAAUGGUAUUCGGAGAGAUCACGACAAAAGCGCAGGUCGACUAUGAGGCGGUUGUCCGUGCGACCUGCAAAAACAUUGGAUAUUAAGGCUAAACACGGUGUUCUAAGUCUUUUCGUUUUUGAGAGAUAGGUACCGCGACAAUACAAAAAAAACAGUUUUAGUUCUUAUCUUGUUCUGGACAUCAUCUACAGGGAUUGAUACCUCUAAGACUCUGAUGCUGCAGAAAAGGGUCUCGACUAUGCGAAGAUGGACGUGUUGAACAAAUUGGAAGCGCAGAGUCCUGAGAUCGGUGGCGCGGUGCAUGGUAUGGGAACCAAAACAGUGGAAGAAAUCGGUGCUGGAGAUCAAGGUAUCAUAAUAGCUUUGUAA